UAACUUGACAAGUUGAAACUCAACUCGAUGAAGAGACCACAGCGAAGAUUGAUCGAUGGAUCGAGCGGAUUCUCUUGACCUUAACCACAGCAAAAGACACUUAGCCAUCCCUUUGUCCAUGGAACUUCGGGACUCUCACUUUCGGUUUUCCUGUCUCCAGCUCAAGUCAUCUCAGUCUUCAUUGCAACAACCAACACAAUCAUUAUGACGACUCGCCUCGCACUCGCAAUUACCGCAAUCGCCUUCACCAACGGCUACGCUCUCGCGCAAGGACCUCGUGGUCCUGUACGUAUGGGCCCCAUGCCGCGUGGUCGUGAGCAAUUCGGUGCUGCUGGUGGUAGCGGCAAUGGCUUUGGAGGUGGAAUGAGUGGUUUGGGCGGAGGUGCUAACGGAUUCGGUGGAGGAAUGGGCGGCUUCGGAGGUGGUGCCGGCGCGGGUGGUCUUGGUCAGUUCGGCGGAGGGGCUAGCGGUUUUAACCAGGUUGGUAAUAAUGCUGGCGGUGGCUUUGGUCAACUCAGUGGUGGAUUUGGGGCCGGCAACCAACUUGGUUUCGGCGGAGGUAUGGGCGGCUUAGGAGGUGUUGCGGCAGGCAACGGUGCUGCAAUCGGUCGAGCUGGCACGACUACCAAUGGAUUUAUGGCUGGUGCAGGUGGUGUCGGUGCUCCGAGUGCUGGGGUGGUAGGUGCGGCGGGAGCAGGACCAGUCAACGGUGGAGCUGCCAACGCCGGACCUGUUAACGGUGGAGCUGCCAAUGGCAGACCCACCAACGGCGGCGGGCCUGUGACGCCCGCUCCGACGAGGCCAAAUGGCGGACCAGUUCGCAAUGGCCCCGGGGCUCCUCAAGGUGGAGCUGGUGUUGGCGAUGCUGGUACCGGUGCCGAUGCCGGUCCUGCUGGUAACGGAGCUGGUGCAGGUGGUUUUGCUGGUCCUGGUGCUGCUGGCGCAGGAGGUUUUGCCGGUGCUGGUGGGCUGGCUGGAGCUGGUGGCAUCGGACGUGGUCAGUUCGGAGGACUUGGUGCCGGUGGUCAGCUCGGUGGACUCGGUGGCCAAUUUGGCGGUGGCAUGGGCGGAAUUAACGGGCGCUUCGGUGGCAACGGUCUUGGCGGCUUCGGUGGAAUGAACGGCGGUGCUGGAGCGGGUGGUUUCGGCGGUGCUUUCGGCGCUGGGGGUGCCGGAGGGCUUGGUGCCCAAGGUCGAUUCAGCUCGUCUGGUCAAUUCGGCGCCGUCGACGGCCAAGCCACUAUUGACGAGGAUCAGUAGUAGUCCUGGUAACUCCUCUCGUCUGUCUUCACUACAUGUAGUUAAAACGUAUGCAAAGUAAUUGAUGUUCUACAGCACGUUACAAGUAGAAGUAUAUUGUAGAUCCCAACUUGUUGGAUCACUGG